AUUUCCCAAAACUUUAAUAAAAUAAAUCUUGUAUCAAAAUGUCAGAAGUUAGAAGCAACUUUAAUGAAUUAAAAGAAGGUAUUUGCCAAGGAAAAUUCUUAGAUAUGUUUGAUAAAUACUUUCAUAAUGAUGUUGACAUGUACGAAGGUGGUGAAUUAAAAGCUAAUAGAAAGGGCAAAGCAAACAAUAGAGAGUAUCAAGAAAAUUUUAUUAAAAACGCAAAAAUUAAUGAAAUUAAAAUCUUAAGAAGUAUCAUUGAUGGUGAUGUAGUUGCAUACGAAAUGCUAAUGGACUUUGAAAUUGGUGGCCAAGCCAUAAAGAAAAACCAAUGGGUAAUUCAAACAUGGAACAAUGGUCAAGUAAUUAGAGAAGAGUAUCUUUAAAUCUUAUUAAUAUAUAUGAGUUUUAAAAUAAAAUUCAAUAUAAAAUAAAGCAAUAUAAUAAAUUUAAA